GGGAGACCAGAGGGCCGAGCGGGUUUCUGGAAGACAGUCCUGCACCCCAAGCUCUCAGCACCUAGGUGCUACCCGAAGGCUUGUUUCUGUCAGCACCCUCUCUCCCCUCUUUUCUUGGGGAACCCGCUGCCUUGCUGAGUUGACUGGAGCACAGCUGGCCAUGACGAUGACCAUGAGAAUGCUGGCCCUGAAGACCUUGGUCUUGUGCCUGGUUUUUGCCGCUACAGGCUUGGCAGAGGAUAAGGAUAAGGUGGUGCAUGGUGGCCCCUGUGAGAAGGACUCUCACCCUUUCCAAGCCACCCUGUACACCUCGGGUCAUUUGCUGUGUGGUGGGGUCCUCAUUCACCCCCUGUGGGUGCUCACAGCUGCGCACUGUGAUAAACCGAACCUGCAGGUUUACUUGGGAAAACACAACCUGCGUCAAAGAGAGAACUUUCAAAAGCGGAUUUCCGUCAACCGGACUGUGGUCCACCCUCACUACAAUCCCACCACCCACGACAAUGACAUCAUGAUGGUGCGUCUGAGAUUUCCAGCCAGACUCUCUAAAACGAUCCAGCCUCUGCCAUUGAAGAGAGACUGCUCACAGGAGAAUCCCAGUUGCCGUAUCCUGGGCUGGGGCAAGAUGAGGGAUGGUGACUUCCCAGACACCAUCCAGUGUGCUGAGGUACAGCUGGUGCCUCAUGAGGAGUGUGAGCGUGCCUACCCGGGCAAGAUCACCCAGAACAUGUUGUGCGCAGGCGACAGGAGAGAUGGGAACGACUCCUGCCAGGGUGAUUCUGGGGGUCCCCUGGUAUGUGGGGAUCACCUCCGAGGUCUUGUGUCAUGGGGUAACAUCCCCUGUGGAUCAAAGACGAAGCCAGGGGUCUACACCGAUGUCUGCAAUUAUGAUAAAUGGAUCCAAAACACCAUAGGGCACAACUGAGCAUGACAUGGGACAUCUGACUCGACCUAUGACCCCUGCAUCCACUGCCUGCUGCAGAAUCUUGCUCCCUAAGACCUUGACCCCCACCAUGGCCCCCUGAUGCCCAGAUCUGACCUGAUGCUGAAUAAAGUUAAAGACACAUA